AUGCUGAGAAAACUUCAUGGUUUCUUCAAGAAGGCGGACGGCAACAGCAGCGCCGCGGAUCGGUCAAGCAAUGACCACAACCGCAGCAGCAGUCGUAGCACAUCAUUGCUGCUCCCUUCUCCAAAGAAGAAAUCGCAGUCUUCGCUACACAAGACGCCGGUGGUCACCGAUGCACGUCCAAAUCCCCUGGCGUACAACCCGCCAGGGCAAGGCGCGCAGCGCACCUCCACCGGCGGCGCGAUAAACCGUUCAGCGAACGCGUCGAAAUCGGGCGCCUCUCCACAAGAGCAGAAGCAGCAGCAGCAACAGCAGACACAGCCGCAGCAGAAGAACAACACGACAGAGGAAAUGAAACCGCUGCCGCGUCCCGCCGCACCCCGGCCACUGUUGGAUGGCCAAAAGGAGAAGGAAAUGCGCAAGACGGGACGGCAGCCGACAGCCUCUCUGACGUUGUGCCUCACCGCCCACGCGAGCGCCAAUGCCACAGUUCAAGACGACAAAUCUGCGAGCAACGCCCUCCCCUACAGUGCGCUGAAACGAAUGGGCCACGAGUACGGGUUGGCGGUCGACGAAAGCAGCGGUGCCUAUGACUGGCACGAGGGGGAAAGGAUGAAUUCUACCGCCGCAGUGCCACAACUGCCGGAUUUUUCAUCGCCGAGCUACCUACCGGUGCUCUCACACGCGAAGCGCGUCAUCCCCGCACCACCUCGCGAUUCUCACAGUCAGGUCGAACGCAAGAACUCGAAAGACGACACGGGUGCCUACGAUUUCGGCGGACUGGUAAGCGGCGAGUACGAUCUGAUGGGAUGCGAGUCACACGUUGGCAAGAAUCGAGUCGCAGACAACCACGACAGUGUACCGGCCCGGCAGACGAGCCGCCCUGACCCGUGCGGCACAAAGCUAGCGGCGCACACGCACGACACGGCAAAGAAACGAAACGAAUGCAGCCAAGAGGAGGAGUUGAUGCCCUCCGUGAUCAACAAGAGGCGCCAGCAGGAGAGUGGGCUGUACAGCAUGUUCAAGACAAGAACCCACCCCAACAGAAACAGCAGUAGCGCCAACAAGGGUCCUUCAGCAACGGCAAACGACACGCAUCAUAACUUCUCGAGCGCCAACUACGACAUGAGCUACUCCUACGUGAACCGACUCAGCAACUCGGUCUCGGAAAGAAAUGCAGGUGAGGCGCACAGUCUCGUCGAGGACGGAUCGAAGCCCUUCCAGUCGCGUGUAACGCACCACCCGGCGGCCGACACGUCCGCCGAGUACUUCGACAUCGGUGAGGCGGUUGACGUGCGGCCCCAGCGGACCAAUCCGUUGCCGCACACGGACAGUGCUGCCAGCCCGUUGGCAUCUUCGACGCUGCGCCGCGCGUACGAGUUGCCCCUGUCGCAGUGGAAGUACGUCGCGCUGGUGUCGCAGAAGGUCGCGGAGAAGAAGACGCAGGUGCGGCUCUCACGCGUAAAGCCCGAGCGUCGGCCCAGUCUCCUGGCGCCACAGGACCACAGCACCGUGGCGGCGGCUCGGACAAACUCGGCGAACUCCGAUGAGAGUGACGUCUACGCGCCGGAGGAAGAGGGAGAGGAGGAAGAGGAGAAAUCGCACGGUGGCAGCACAGACGUCUCCGUCUACGACGACUGCGGUGUCCCGCUGCUCAUUCCCAAUCUAAGCGACCUCUACAACGACGCCCGGAGCAGCGCCAGCAGCGGCACGGACAUCAUCGUGGACGCGUCUGAGAACUCAGACGAUGACGGAAAGGAAGAGGAAGUGCUGCAUCCGCCCCCCAGCAGCCACUCCGCAGACAUGGGCGAUCGGCCUACGCCAGACUCGCCUCCCCCCACAACUACAACGGAGCCGGUCAGCCCACACGCACCGAACACCAACGACGACGUCAACCAUGGAGGCGUGCCAGCUGACCUGUUCCAUCGCAGCCAACAAAGCUACGUCCCUUCACCACCAUCUGCCGGCGCAGCCGGGCUACGGCAGCGUUUUGCGUCCCAGCAAGACCACCAAACCCGACAGAAGAUCAUGAAGUACCAACGCGAGCAGCUUCUCCUACAGCAGCAACGACGGCAGCAGCAACAGGCAUUCCAGCCUCGUCCUCAGCCUCACCCCUCACCGCCCCCACCGUCGAAGCGUGCCUUCGCGCCGGGCGAGAUGGCUCCUCAAAGUGGUCCGCCAAACGUGAACAAGAGCAACAGCAAGAAUAGCGACUCUCGUGCGAACAGCGUCGGCGUCGUCUUGCCGAAGGUGUCGGUGGGUACGACGGGCAGGCCUUGGCCGCAGCCGGACAUCCGUUUUGGUCCUCGCUUGAAAGGCGGACGGUCCCCAUCUACGAAUUUCGCUGCUCUCACUGACUGCCGAUUGGAAAACGCACCAGUGAUUGACUUGCCGGUGUGGGCAGCACUGGCACCACCGACUCGCUGA